AAUCACACCACAUUAGUUGCCUUGUGUCAGUGCUCAUAAGUGCCUUAUGUCAGUCCUCAUCAGUGCCAGUGCCCAUCAGUGCCACAUCAGUACCACAUAUCAGUGCACAUCAAUGCCACAUAUCAGUGCCCAUCUGAGCUGCCUUUCAGUGUCACCCAUCAGUUCCAGUCAGUGCCACCUAUCAAUGCCAAUCAGUGCCGCCUAUCAGUGCCAUGCCCAUCAGUGAUGCCUGUCAAUGCCCAUCAGUGCAGCCUAUCAGUGCCCAUCAGUGCAGCCUCAUUAGAGCACAUCAGUGAAGGAGAAAAAUCACUUUUUUUCAAAAUUUU